CUCAUGUAGCCGGACCAUGCUAAGGACUGUUGUAAAAUUGGCUAGCCCCAGUUACACAAACACGCUGCCCAACAAACAGUAACACUGUAUCCUUGAAGAAGACAAGGCAACUCCCAGUGAGCGACAUCCGGCCGGAUGCUUUGUUUUCGCCGUGCCGUGGUGAACCCUCUGCUGUCUCCACUUGUGACCUUUUAGACCUGACCCCUGUUCACCUGAGAGUUUACUGCAGCCACAGCCAGUGGGAUGGAGGAGGAGGCCAGGUGUUUCCUGCAGAGAUUUGUGGAGGAGUUCCCGGCUGCUCUGGAGGAAGGCAGUCCGCUGCCUGUCAGCCCUCUAAGUCGCAGAGUCUCCCUGGAGGAGCUGCAUGGAGAGAGCCUGGAGCUGGGCCUGAGGCUGCUGGCUGCCAGGGGUGCUCCUGCAGUCGUAAGUGCCUUCCUGUGCCAGGCAGCCCUGUCCCAGCUGCUGCAGAAUGACCUUUCACCUUUCCACUGCCCAGAGGAGGCUGAGGCCAACCAGGAAGAAGAACAGAGAGUCGUCUUACUUCAGUCAGAAGCAGUCCAGCGUCUCUUCCUCAAUAAGCUGAUAGACGUAGGGCUGGCAUGGCAUCAAAACCGGCUCAAGCCCCCCCCCUCCCCUUCCCAGUUACACCACUGCUUUGUUCAUGCCAUCAAGAACACGAGGAGGAAGAUGGAGGACAAACACUUGGCCCUGGCUGAGUUCAACCAGCUCUUCGGAAUCCAGGAUGGAGUGGAGCGUGCCUACUAUGCUGUGUUUGACGGACAUGGAGGAGUGGACGCUGCCACCUACGCUGCCACUCACCUCCACGUUGCUCUGAGUAAAGAGGAAAUGCUGCAGAGUGACGCAGCCGCAGCCUUUAAAACUGCCUACAAACGCACAGACGACAUGUUCAGAGACAAAGCCAAGCGAGAGCGUCUGCGGAGUGGCACUACAGGUGUGGCCGUGCUGAUCCAGGGUCAAGAGCUGACUGUGGCCUGGCUUGGAGACUCUCAAGCAGUGCUGGUCAGAAAGGGACAAGCUGUGACACUCAUGGACCCCCAUAAACCAGAGAGAGAAGAUGAGAAACAAAGAAUUGAGGAUCUUGGCGGCUGUAUCACUUUCAUGGGUUGCUGGCGUGUUAAUGGCACCUAUGCUGUAUCUAGAGCUAUAGGUGACUUUGACCAGAAGCCCUACGUGUCUGGAGAUGCCGACUGCUCAACAACCCAGCUGACUGGAGACGAGGACUAUGUUUUACUGGCGUGUGACGGCUUCUUUGAUGCAGUCAAGCCUACAAUGGUCCCACAUCUGGUCUUGGAUGCACUCCAGCAGCCUGGUGAGCCCGAAGAAGGAGGAGACACUCCACUGAAACAGUCUGAGGAGAAAAUUGGACUGAGAGUCGCUCAACAGCUGGUGAGUCAUGCUAAGGCAGCUGGUUCUAGUGAUAACAUAACAGUGAUGCUGGUGUUUCUGCGUCCGCCGGAGAAGCUGCUGUCUCAAGACUCCGCUACAGGAACUGCACAAGCUACUCAGGACUCCAUCUCCCAAGAUGGUCCACAGCAGUGAAGGAGGAAGUCUGCUGUCCAGACUCCACUUCACCAAGCUACUGCCUGACUCAGUAUAGCUUAGCCUUUUUCUGUCCCCGGGUGCUGACGUCCUGCAAACUGAUGAAGUUCAUUUGACUGAACAAAACACACCAACACAGCAGUGUCAUCAUACCAUGUCACUGCUGGAGUGAAAGAGCACAUUAAAGUACAUUUGGACCAGAUCACUCAAAGCGAUCUUAUAGAUGACGCAGGGCCGUAUUAACCUGUUCAGGUGAGGAGGAGCUCACUGUAGCGUGGUCUGAGUCUCCAAACAUGCUCCCACAACCCACAAAACAGCCAGCAUUUCUACAAUAGAAUAAUACUAUUGCAAGAAUAUCACCUGUGUUGGUUUGUGAUCAUUUGAUUAAACAUUGUUAGAGGGUAUGCAUGGAGGUAGCAUCAAAAUUAAUUGAACAUGUGUGUGACUUUUUAAAGGUAUUAUGCUCUGAUUUUAAACUCAGUAUUGAUUGUUAUGUGGUAUUAACUGUAAAAAUGGCUCUGUGUCUUUGUGGGAGGGGUGUUCUCUGUGCAAAAUAUUUUUCCAUUCAUAUCCGUUUUAAAAGAAAUACAACUACAACUAACCCUAACCCUACAACAGCAAGUAUUCAGUAGUGACUGCACAAAUAGGUCCAUUUGUUUGUAAGAUUUUCUUUACUUCCAUAUUCUCUGUGCCAGAAAGAAAAGCUUGCCUCCUCUUGAAAUCCAUACUGUUAUGACAAGUCUGUUACCUUUGUUGGGCUCUGUAUUAUUAUUUGUUGUCAAACCUAAGCUCUCAACCAUAUGUUCUCUAAGCAUGAUCAGUAUUAAAUGCAGAGCUGAGCUUGUACUCUGUGUCUUGCAAGUCAUGAUUGCAAGGAAUGAAAAAAGUCUCACUAACUGCAGUUCUGCAGUGGGAUUGGAGUCACACUCUGAUCAUCACUGUGCUUAAUUUAAGUGACUUCUCCCAGGAAACCUUAACUGUGCCUUUACCAGUCAAGACUCAGUGAAAAGCCUUCAAAAGCUCUUAGCUGUGUUCUGCUGCAGUGGACAGUUUCACUGUUCCAUGAGGGAAGUUGAAUUAUUUUAUAAAACGAUUGUCAACUUCAGUGACCCUCACGUCAAUCUCUCAUGCCAAGCUGACCGUUAAAAGUAUUCUACACUGUGCACCUUGCAGACUUGGAUUAAGUCUUUGAAUCUUGCAACUGGCUCUGAGCCAUGACUGUAAUGACAUACUGUAAUGAAAAACUGUUGAUGAGAGGUUUUGAAUCUCUGAAAACACUAGUUAUGAGUUUGUUGAAUCUAAAACAAACUGACGCAGGGAUCAUGAGGUGACAGUAUAGUCAUUAUUUUUGUAUUAUAGGAACAUUAGUGCUCAAGCUAACUGCAUAAACUUGGCAGGCUGAUGCGAGAGAGAAUUGAUGUUGAACAUAUUGCUUGAUUUACUGGAUCACAAACCGUGACAGUAUGUCUCACACCUGUUUGUGUUUUUAAAAUAUUUUACUGUAUGGUUCUUUCUCAUCUAUUACUGAUAACAUGAAUUAUUAAGAUAACGGCUGUAAUGAUUUUAAAAUGUACAUUCUGUUUCGCUGCUUUAAAUAAUGUUAUUAUGAAUAAAAAUGAGUGUGGACAGAAAAUGUUG